ACACGUUAGGUCACGGUGAAUUGCCCCCUAUAAAUCGCUAUAUAAAUCGUGUAAGUUGAACAUUCGAAUUAUCUAGCAAACAAAUUAAUAUGGCAAAUUCAAGCUUCCAAGUCUCUUGUGUCUUUGUUUUUUGUACAUGCCUUGGCCUUCUCGUCACAGCACAAAGCCGCGGCCAAUUUGUGUUUGAAAAACCUGUACCCGUUUUCUUCUUUGGGGAUUCAUUUUUUGAUGCUGGAAAUAAUAACUACGUCAACACUACUUUUCGGGCAAAUUACUGGCCAUAUGGUGAAACCUUCUUCAAGAACCCAACCGGAAGAUUUUCUGAUGGUCGACUAAUUUCAGAUUUUAUUGCUGAGUAUGCAGAGUUGCCAUUUAUUCCACCGUAUCUACAACCUGGUAAUGAUCAAUUUACAUAUGGUGCAAACUUUGCAUCUGCAGGAGCUGGUGCUUUGGUCGAAACAAGCCAAGGUUUGGUGAUAGAUCUUCAUUCUCAACUUUCAUAUUUCAAGAGCGUUAGGAAGUCGUUGAACCGGACACUAGGGGAUGAACAAACCAAGACCCUGCUAUCAAGAGCUGUUUACUUGUUUAGCGUCGGAGGCAACGAUUACACUUUCCCUUUCGAGAAAAACUCCAGUGUGCUCGGACCCCAACCUCACGAGGAAUUUGUUGGCCUUGUGAUAGGAAAUAUCACUGCAGUGAUCAAAGAAAUAUAUAGAGAAGGAGGAAGGAAUUUUGGGUUUCUUGGUCUUGAUCCUCUUGCUUGUUUACCAUAUUCAAGAGCAGUUGUUGAGGGACAAAAUGGUGGUGGCUGCUUUGACAAAAUCACACCAUACGUAAAACUACACAACAAAUUACUUCCCAAACUCCUACAGAAGCUAGAGAGAGAAUUCAAGGGAUUCAGAUUCUCACUUUCCCAAAUCUAUGAGUUUCUGACAGAAAGAAUAAGUCACCCCUCUAAAUAUGGUUUUGAGGAAGGGAAAGUGGCAUGCUGUGGAAGUGGUCCGUAUCGAGGAAUUUAUAGCUGUGGAGGCAAGAGAGGAACCAAAGAGUAUGACCUGUGUAAGAACGUCAGUGAAUAUGUCUACUUUGAUUCUGGUCAUCCAACUGAAAGGGUCUUUCAACAGAUUGCCGACCAAUUCUGGAAUGGAACUCCCAACUCUACCGUGUCUUACAAUUUGAAAACACUAUUUGAAACUAAGUAUUAAGUAAAUCAAAUAUUCUAAUUGGGUGUUAGAAUAUAAGGAAAACUAAUGAAAAAUGCUUGAAAACUUUAAGUUUUAACGAUAAGUGUUGAGUAAACCAAAGUCUGUCAUCAGUCCCUUGAUUUAAGGAGUCCAUUUCCUUGAUUAUUGUACAGUCAUCUCAGAUUGCUUUUCAUCUACUUAGGAGUCUAACUCACGUAAUAGCUUGUAUGGGCCUUAAUUUCAGGAUCAUGAUUGAUCCAUGUAUCUGUAUAAGUCUCUCUUUGUACCAUUACAUUAAACUCAAUUAAUGAAAACAAGUUACAUAGCAGGUUUUCACA